AUGCCCUAUGUUAUCUUCUACAGCAGCACCGCUUUAUCUAGCACUUUUACGCUGGAAAAUACGCGAAAAUCGUCAGUUGGCUGCGACCCGCUGUACAGGGCAGACAUGUCGCGUCUGAUCGCACUCCUCAUCAUUAUUUCACUCGCCGCGAUCGAAUGCAUGGAAGAGGACUGCACAGACUGGGAGGGGAAGACGAUCCCCCAUGGCUUGCUGUACGUUCCUGGGCCCGGCGUUUGCUCUAUCUGCGUAUGCUAUCACUCGCAGCCGAUGUGGUGUAAGGCCAUAUACUGCGAUCCCCCUUAUUUCUGCAAAGACUUCCGCGUCGGCGAGAGAUGUUGUGAAUUCGAGUGCCUCGAUCCUCCUGGUGAAGACACACGCUACCAAGAACGGCAAAGGCUACGGGCCCUGAUACUCUCCGGACAUUCUUCAGCUGCUUACUUCUAUCCCAGCGUCAGCUUACUGGCUCUCAUAGCAUCGUACUUCGUAUGGAGUAUCGGGAUGUUUGAAAUGAAUAACACUGCCCAGUAA